UCUGGCGCUCAGGCGGGGUCGGGAGGCGGAGCGGAACGAUGGGGGGCGGUGUCGCCGUGGUCUAGGGGAGGUGGCGGUGAAGUCGGUGGUCGCUGCGCGAUGGCCGCCUCGGUGUUGUGCUGCCUGCGAUGCUGCAGAGACGGCGGGACUGGUCACAUCCCUCUGAAGGAGAUGCCGGCUGUGCAGCUGGACACGCAGCACAUGGGAACAGAUGUUGUCAUUGUAAAAAAUGGAAGAAGAAUAUGUGGAACAGGAGGUUGUUUAGCCAGUGCACCUUUACAUCAAAACAAAAGCUACUUUGAAUUCAAAAUCCAGUCCACAGGAAUCUGGGGUAUUGGCGUUGCAACUCAGAAAGUUAACUUGAAUCAGAUUCCUCUUGGCCGAGAUGUGCACAGUCUGGUGAUGAGAAAUGAUGGAGCUCUGUACCACAACAAUGAAGAGAAAAAUAGGCUUCCAGCCAACAGCCUUCCACAGGAGGGAGACGUGGUGGGUAUUACAUAUGACCAUGUAGAAUUAAAUGUAUAUUUGAAUGGAAAAAACAUGCAUUGUCCGGCAUCAGGUAUACGAGGGACAGUGUAUCCAGUUGUUUAUGUUGAUGACAGCGCAAUUUUGGAUUGCCAGUUUAGUGAAUUUUAUCAUACUCCUCCACCUGGUUUUGAAAAAAUAUUAUUUGAACAGCAAAUCUUCUGAAUGUGUUUGUUUUUAAAACUUGUAUCUCUGCACUGUUAAAAGUGUUUACCAUUUAAUAAAGCUUUACGUGACCUAUA